ACGCUAGCUCUUUGCGACGCGGCUUACCAUAAAAAACUAGCUACGACGCCGUCGGGCUGCCCAAUUUGCGGGAUGAUCCUCACAAAAUGCGCCGUCUGCGCCACCGACCUUGGCUUAUCCUUGGGCAAGAAAUGCGGCCGCUGCAGCACGCGCUACUGCGGGCCCGAAUGCCAGGUGCAGCACUGGAAGGACGGCGGGCACGAUAAGCUCUGCAAAUAUAUUAAAAAGGCUGGUGGCGCCGAGCAAUACAACGCAAAUAGCAAGUACUCGGAGGCCGUCGCGGUCGCGGUCGAGAAAUGCGCGGACGACACCAAAGGCCAGACGUGCUUCAUCUGCACGCAGGCCCUCCACUGGAAAACCAAGGAGGGCCUCGUGCGCGGAUGUGCGUGCCGCGGGACGGCGGGCUUCGCGCACGUGUCGUGCCUGGCGGAGCAGGCGAGGAUUUUGUUCGCCGAGGCGGAGGAGAACAAUAAACCAAGAUAUCCAGUGGUGGCGCGGUGGCAAACCUGCAGCUUGUGUGAGCAAGAGUAUCACGGCGUCGUGCGGUGCGCGCUCGGGUGGGCGUGCUGGAAGACGUAUGUGGGACGGCCGGAGACGGUCGGGAUUCGGCUGAUGGCAAUGUCGAUGCUUGGGAACGGUUUAUUCCUUGCAGAUCAUCACGAGGAAGCGUUGUCCCUGAGAGAGGCCGAGCUGGCUAUUCUGCGGCGCAAUGGCGCAUCAGAACACAACAUACUCGCCGUGCAGGCCAAUCUCGCAAUGACUUAUGAAGAGCUUGGACGGGGAGAACAGGCCUCACAGAUGGAGCGAGAUGUAUACCGCGGACGUCUGAAGCUCAAUGGCGAGGAACAUGAAAUGACCCUCCGAGCUGCCUUCAACUAUGCAAGUACCCUUGCGCGCCUAAAGCGCUUCGCAGAAGCCAAGUCAGUGAUGCGCAGAACGAUGCCCGUGGCACGACGAGUUCUCGGAGAUAGUCAUGAUCUCUGGCUCAAGUUGAGGCGGGCUUACGCGCAGACUCUCUACCACGACGCCUCCGCCACGCUCGCCGAUGUCCGCGAGGCCGUGACAACGCUCGAGGAGACGAAACGGACCGCGCGGCGCGUGUUCGGCGACGCCCAUCCGACCGCAGAGAUCACUGAACUCAUGCUGCAAAAAGCGCGCGCAGCGCUCGCCGCCCGUGAGCGCCAGGACUCAGAAACUUCCGAGUCUAAGAUACAGUGACCCCCC